AUGUCCAGAGGCAGAGGUAAGCCAACUUUUACUUUUUUAUUUUGAUUUUAGGUAAGAAAAGAUCUCUCUGAAGUCAUAGCGACAAAUUUAACGAUUCGUUUUGGUUAAUUUUUGCGAGAUUUUGAGCUGGAGACAUCUGAUGUCAAGUUCAAUAUAAAAAUUUUUGAUUUUCAAUGUGAAAGGGUUUCUUUCUAGAUGUCUUCAUUGUCAGUGCCAAGAGAACGGCAUUUGGAACGUUUGGCGGAAAGCUGAAGGGUAAGAAUGCUACGGAACUCGCUGAAUUGGCCGCUCGGGCAGCUCUGAACGCCGCUUCAAUCGACCCACAGCACAUUGAUCACGUUAUUUUUGGUGAGUUCCGCUGUCGAAAUGACUGGUUUAUUAUUUGUUUUCAUAUUUAGACGGGAUGCGCUGAUUUUGAAGGGAUUACGAUGAAAGUUUGAGAUUUUUUGGAUUGAAAUGCCUAAAACAAGGUAUUUUUUAAAAUUUUGUUCAAAAUAUUGAUGCAAGAGGAGUGUAAAUGGUUUAUAAUGCAAGGAAAUUUAUUGACAGCGUUUUAGGAAAUGUUGUUCAGUCAUCGAAAUGCGCCGCCUACCUGUCGCGACAUGUUCUCCUUAGAGUUGGUAUCCCAAUCGAAAAACCCGCCGUUACUAUCAACAGACUAUGUGGAUCUGGCUUCGAAGCUAUCACUCAAGGUGCUCAGGUAUGUUUGCUAUCUUAUUAUAGUCAAAAACUAGAAGUUUGAAAGGUUUUGAUUCCAAAUUUGACCGAUAUUACUUUAGGUAGAGUAAUAUCAAAAAAGUUGGAUUUUUCAGUGUUUUUAGUUAAGUUAUGGAGGUGUACAGGUAGCUAGGUGUAUAAAACGGUAGAAUGCAUAAUUUUGACCAUUUAUUUUUAGCAAAUCAUCGCCGGAGACUCUGAAGUUGUACUUGCCGGAGGUACCGAAAACAUGAGUCAACAUCCGUACGUUGUCCGUCAGGGCCGUUUUGGCAUCCCGCUAGGUGCAAAUGUGGAGGUAAGGGUUUUAAAUAUUUCAUCAAGAAUUUUUUUCCCGGUUAUUUUCUUCAUGAAUACUAUUUUUUGUGCAAAAUUGACCCAUUUACCGUAUUUUACAAAUAUAAAACUGACGAUUUUAGUUCGAAGACGUUUUAUGGAGCCUUCUCACCGACCAGUACACUAAGAUUCCGAUGGGUUUGACUGCAGAAAAGUUGGGCGCAAAAUACGGAGUAACGAGACAGGAGACUGAUGCCUUCGCCCUGGCCUCGCAGACUCGCUGGAAACAUGGUAAGAAGUGUUUUUUGUGAUUACUAGGGAAUAAAAAAGUUUUUGGAUACGAGAAAACUAAAAAAUUUUGUUUUUGUCUAGGUGGGCUCGAACCUGCGCCAAAAUUUUUUUGCCAUAAUUUUUUACCACUGCGCUAUGGGUGUACAUGGGCGAAUAUUUUUGUGAAGUGAUGGGGAAUGGGAUCUAAUGGUUAAUUAGAGGGUGCAGAAGUGACUUUGGACAUUUUUUGGGAUUUUUUGAGCUAGUGUAAUAUAAUUUUUUUUCUGAUUUUCGAAAAAAUUUCUCUAAUUCCUUUCUGUUUUAGCCAACAACGCCGGAUACUUCAAAGCCGAGAUUGAGCCGCUCAAACUGAAGACCAGAAAAGGAGAGGAAACCUUCGAAGUUGAUGAACAUCCCAGGGAAACCACUGCCGAAUCUCUGGCCAAACUCCCCCCAGUUUUCCAAAAAGACGGCCUCGUCACUGCUGGAAAUGCCUCGGGAAUCUCGGACGGAGCCGCCGCAGCCGUUGUGGCCAGCGCCGAAGCCGUUCAGAAGUACAAACUGCAGCCCUUGGCCCGUUUGGUCGACUGGAGAGCGGUCGGAUGCGACCCGACCAUCAUGGGCAUCGGACCGGUCGGAGCGGUGGAAUGGAUCCUCAAGAAGCACAAAUUGACCUUUGACAAUAUCGACUUGGUUGAGGUAGGAUUUAGGCCAAUUUUGAGAGUUUUUUUUUGAGGGGAGGGUUGGUCAUGGAGAAUAUAAAAUUUGAUGGAAACAGUAUGAUUUUUGGUUGAUUUGAGGUUUUAUUAGGUGUAGAAUAGAAAAAAAGUAGGAAAAUGUAUUUUACCUGUUAAUAAAUUCAUUUGUGGGAUGCCUAUUUGAAUUUUAAUCUAAAUUUUGCCAUAAAUUUCCAAAAUUUGGCUAAAAAAUGGGAAUUUCAGAUAAAUUUUGGAAUUUUUUUGGAUGGAUAUGUGCAGAGAAUUCUUAAACUGCCUUUAUAAAGUCAUUUUUCCCAAAAUUUUGAGUUUUAUUUAAAAAAAUUGAUUUUUUUUGUGAAUUUUUGUCAAUUUUAAUAAAAAAUUUUUUAUUUCCAGGUCAAUGAAGCCUUCGCCCCUCAAGUUCUGGCUGUCCAAAAAGCCCUCAAUAUCCCCAGUGAGAAGUUGAAUGUGAAUGGAGGAGCUAUUGCACUUGGCCAUCCGUUGGCAGCCUCUGGAGCCAGAAUUACCGCCCAUUUGUGCCAUGAAUUACAUCGCCGCAACGGCAAAUACGCCAUCGGAUCGGCUUGUAUUGGUGGCGGUCAAGGGAUUGCGGUCCUCCUGGAGAAGGUCUGAGCAUGUUGUUCAAUGUGAUCUAUUUGGUCGUGUUCGUAGAAUAAAGCUAUUACAAUUCCUGAUGUAUAGUAUAAAGUUUGUCGAAAAAAUGAAGUAAAUGGAAGUUUCUGAGUGUAAAAUGAAUAACUAAGGCCGACAUUAAGUCUAAAUUAGCAGAAAAAAUAUAAAUAAAUGGUGUGUAUUACGUAUUUUACAAACAUCGCCAUCCUACUUAAGUCCCACCACGAAAAUAUUGCAAUGCCAAAAUUCCUUGGCAUUAUGUUUAUUUCCAAUAUUUUUGGUCGGAAAACGUUCCUGAAGGAUCUCAGCUGCAGAAUAGCACGUAUUUUAGAAGUUGCUGGUUGUUCUCACCUAGUCUUGUAAGUAUUUCUUUUUUUGUUGAUUUUUAGGGUCAAGACAUCUAAAGUAAUAUAAAUUUCUUUAUUUUUGUCCAUGUUUGAUCGAGAAAUGGAAAGUAAAAUAUCUUUAGACCACCCUGGAGCGCUCCAAGCUCCUUUCCGGCGUCGCGAAGUUUGUUUACUUCGAAAUCGCCGCAAUUGGCGGCUGCUACGGAGUUUUUGUGUUGUGCCGAAGAAACGAGCCGGUUCGACGCUUCCUUCACGACAAUUUCCCGCGAACAUUGGAGCUGUAUUACAAGUCAGAGGACUUAAUAUCAGGUGGAAGGCAUUUUGGGCAACAACGGAAACAUUUGGACCGAAAAUUGUGGUCCGGGGAGGAGAAGGAGCCGGAAGUGGUUUAGAGGCUGAAAUUGAACUGGAACCGGAAUAUUAGUAAGGUGAGUGGAUGUUAGAAGAUGAAUAAGGGAUUUUUACGUCUUUUGCAAAGUGUUUUAGAUUGUUUAAGGCUCAGGUAUUAUUUUAGAGACCUUUUUUAUAUUGUAGUAGGUACAAAAAAAAAUUGUCAAAAAACUGUCUAAAUCAAGAUUGUAGAUGUCCGGUUGGUGUUUAGAAAACUAUUUUCUUCCUAUUCUUUUAUUUUUUCAUCAAAAAAUCGGUUUAUAUAAUAUUCCUCUAUCGGGAAUCGAACUUGCGACCCAAUUUUUCCCAGCUCACUGCCACUACGCCAUGUAUGCAAAAUUUCCAAAAACCCCAAACUUUUUUCCAGGUGUCGUAUUUCACCCCUUUUUUCUUUCAGCCCUCCAAAAAUGGGAUUUUUUGGCAGGCUAUGGAGCCGUUUCCUCAACCAUCGUAUCACUCAACACCAAUCCAAAUAUUAUCAAAAAUUCGCCGCUUGUGUUGUCAUAUCCGCCACAUACUACUGGUAUUUGACGAUCAAGGAGAAUCGUGACGUUCGCCGACCAAUGUCUGAGCUGUCUUUCCAGAAAUACGUCGAACUUCGGAAGGAAUUGGGCAAGGACGUCUGA